GAUUUGUGUUUCGGUAGUUUUUUUUUAAGUCGCGGGUUAUUAUUGAUAAAAUUGUGUGACAGGUUCUUUGGAACAAUAUUGACGAAGGCGAACCGCAUUGCAUCGAUUCUGUGUCGAAAGAUCCCAAAAUCAUAGUUCCGGUUCCGUAGGUUCAACCAGGAUGUCCUCGUUUAUAAAUGACUUCAACAACCACAUCCAGGCGUACUUCAUUAGUAGCACCUAUGGAAAUGAAACGCUUGUGACUAAUAAUUUGAACCACUUGGCCCUGGUCCAGGAUCAGCGUACGUUUGACGUGUCCGUGUACAGCACAAAUGUGUUCUUUGUGAACCUGCACAAGCUGAUGGGAACCGGCACGAAAAAGAUGGCCCUGAUGUGGUCCGCCGUGUCGGUUCUGGAGGCGGCCUCAAAGUGGGAGGAAACUCGGCUAGCUUUGGUUCGGGACUUUCAUUACCUUCCACCGUUGACCAACAUGUUGCUGGAGAUUCAUUCCGGCGAGCAGCAGCAGCGACUGUUGGCACUGAUCGAACUGCUGACGCACGGAGCCCAACUCGAGAGCCACGAACCGUUUGUGGAGGCGUUGAUUUUGAGGUUGCUCGCGCUGAUGGAGCAAGGGCACGGUCACAAGGAUAAAACGGAACUCGUUACGCUGGCGCUGUCGAUUCUGGUGAAUCUGUGCUACAGGAACCUGCCGAUGACGUAUUUACUGACGAAAAACAUUAGCGUAUCCGCUUUCUGCGGGAAAAUAAAAGAACUUGGACUGGUCGCUUGCAAGAUGUACAUAAUUCUGGAACGGAACGACUUUAUGAAAGAGAUGGACCUGCAGUAUCUGCUGAAGAUGAGCUUCAAGGAGGUUCGAACGGUGCUGGCUUCGAAAAACAGUUUUAUUCUGCGCCACGUCGUCGACUAUCUGCACUACAUCCGUCAGCAGGACCAGCACGCGGACAAGGAAAACGGCCACAAACAGCUCUCCAUGAAGGACAACUUCUUCCGCGACAACCUGAAAGAGUUCCUGGACGAUAUCGAGCGGCACACGUGCGGCCAGUUGGACUCAACGACCGCCAACAACACGAGAAAGAAACGAAAGUGCACCGAGGACAAAAAUUCCUCCGGCGAAUCCUCUUCCAACGACUGCAUGGACGUUCUGUUUGAGAUUAUGGAGUGCAUCGUGGCGCUGGAACCGGUUGGGCCGGACUUUCGCAAGCGGAUUGCGGACGUUGCGCUGAAAUGGAUCACCACUAGCAAGCAAAGUUGUGCGCGGGCGGUGGAUCUGCUCAGGGUAGUACUGGAGCGAAGCCAAACCGAAAGGGACAAAGAUGAGGCGGUACGGGAGUUGGUUGAUGCUUGUCAGGAUGUUUUGGCGGAGCUGAUGGCGAUGGUGACAAAUAAUACGGAUGAAAAGCUGACGAUCUCAUUCUCCAAACUGCUCUCCACGAUGGUGAAAGUACAAUCCUCCUCCAGCACCACCGACCUGGACAACGUGGCCGAACAGUUCUUCCAGCACGUGUUCGCCACCAUUCUGAGCUGUUCCGGUGGUCCCAACUCGUUCAACUACUCGCUGGCGGACAGUGAAGUGCGCAUUUUCCUGUGGGCGCUGCACACGUUCAACGAUUUCGCGAACCUCUCGCCAACGCUGUGGUUCGCCAAGGUCGGCAAUCUGCUGAAGCAAAAGCCGGUCCACUUUAUGAUCGCACGUGGGCUAACGUCCGGCGAUUUGGAACUUACGGAAGCGAUGAUGCAGGUGACCGCGACGGUGGAUUUCCCGCGGCGAGAGGUUUCCAAGAUGGUUGGGAUGCUGAGCGGUCACAAGAGGGAGAAAAGUUCGAUGGAUGUCGGUAGGGCGGCUGCGGGGCCGACGCCGCCUCCGGCUGCUUUGAGUCGAGAAUUGCUGGAGCGGAUGAGUCAAACCGUGUCGCAGAUUCAGGACGCGGUCGCUUCGGGGCAGAUUUCGGACGUUAGUACGGUUGAGCUGAUUGAGUUUUACAACUGUAAAAUCGCGAUGGAAACUCAGCUGAUGAGCGAUUUGAGGGGGAGUUUGGGCGGGAUGUCGGCGCAGAUCAGCACGCUGCUGCACCAGAACCAGCUGCAGGCCGUGGAGAUUGACAAGGUGCAGCGGAAGAACUUGCCGCUGGUGUUGAAGGUUUCGGCGUUGGAGAACGAGAACCGAACGCUGGAGAAGGAGCUGAAUCACAUGAAGAGUGCGACGGCGUCGUACGACCGGAAGAUUGGCCAGAUGAAGCAUGAGCUGUCGGAUUACAUAAGGAAGUACAGCGAAAAGAACCAGCAGUGCGGCGCGCUGGCCAAGGAGGUCGAGAUGUACCGGGUGCGGGACGGGAACUACGAGAAGGAGAACAAGCGGUUGCAGCAUGAGUUGAACGAUAUGACCAAGACGCGGGACGAGUCGCGCAAACUGUUGAAGGUGGCCGAGGACGAUCGGCAAAAGUUGGCCGAGCAGAAGGAGAGCGACAAGAAGAUGUACGAGAGCAAGAUUCGGGAACGUGAGCGGGAGAUUUCCAAGCGGACAGACCUGUGCCAACAGCUAGAGCAUCAGCUGCAGAAGCGCGACACCAAGAUCGAGUUGCAGGAGACCGAGCUGAAGGAUCUGCUGGGACAGAUUGCGGCCAAGGAGGAACGGAUCGCGCAGAUCGAGAACGAGCUGAAGGAGAGCGAAAGCAUACAGAAAGCCAUCUACAGCUUGAUGAACAAGGGGAAAAAGUAA